AUGUCUUCAGGAACCGUUUAUCCAGAACAGGACAGAUUAGACCGAAAUGUCAUCGUGCCACCUGGAAGCCCCAACUUGAGCGCAAUUGCGGCGACGGCGGCAUCUCUAACCACUGACUCGUACAGCAUCCUUGCCAGCGCGGACCUGACGUCAGCGCUUUCCCUGGCCGAACACGUGGCACGCCUGACCACAACUCCGCACCUCUACGUGCAUCGCAGCAGCGUGGAGAAAGUCGCGGUGUGCGUGCGACAGCUGCUGCCGACGCUCCAUCUGCUGAAAAGCUCCGCCCCUUCGCUUUCAUUCGACCCGCGCUCCGCGUUCGUCCUCCGCCGUCUCGCUUCGGAGCUGAAAGACGUUAUCGCGUUGCUCAAGGCGUGCAAGCUGACUAUACCGGGGAUGUUUUUCAGCCUGGGGCAUCAUCAUAAGGGGCUGGCUCGCAAAGCAGAUGCCUGCGUGACAGAAAUCCGACAUUGUCACACCGUAUGCUCGAUGCUGCUAGGACAGGCUUCUAAUACCACCAAUGCCAAAAUCGCCGCCGACCACCUGCCGCUGUCGACCUCGUUAGUGUCACAGGCGCCACCGCCGACGCCGCAGAAUCACUUCCCGUUACGAACCGUCUCAUGCAGUCACACUAGCGGGUCGAGCAAGGAACCUUCCGCGUUUCUGGAGUCGUACAGCGGGAGCGGUAUCACCGGCGGAAGCGGAAGUUCGGUAUUGUUCCCGGGCGGCGGGGCGGAACAACCCGCGCGGGUGCUGCAGCAGGUGGCGGAAAUGUUCCCCCAGAGCCCCAUGAUCGGCCCCUCCGCCGCUACCUUCUCCGCCAAAGACUCCGCAAGGCCUCCUGGGAUGAUGACGUGGCAGCAGAUGCAGGUGCGCGGGAUCCCCCCGAGGUCGAUUUCCGCCUCCGCCGCGUCCGGGUUUGGCGCGCCACCAGCGGGUGGACUGUACGGGAGAGGCGGGUCCGCGGGUCGGCAACGACCGGGGAUUCUAACGGGGGCGCCGCCGCUGGCGCUCCUUGGGGGGGAGCGCGAUAGCAGCGCGACAGAUGCUGCGGCGUCCGCGGCACUCGCCUUGAUAGGAGCUAACAACGGCGGCGGCGGCGGCGGCGGCGGCGGCGGCGGCGGUGGUGGAGGGAACCGUUUCGCGGGCCCGGGCCGAACCUACACCGUCUCCUCCGCUUCCUCCGGCAGAAUACAGCCGUACUACGGUUCAAUCGCCGUCUCGCCUCGUCCGCUCAGCCCCGCGACCGCCGCCGCCGCCGCCGCUGCCGCCGCGUUCGCCGCGCCGAGGAUGUUCUCCCCGCGGCGCCCCCGCGCGUCGUCCCCGCUGCCGUCUGCUCUCAACCGGUCGAGCAUCUCCGCCGCAGCUGCGGCGAGCGCGAACGUGUGCCGGCUCGUGGACGCACUGGCGGAAGGAUCAGCGGAAGAGAAGCGCGCGGCCCUGGCUUCGCUAAUGGAUGUGACUGUAACGGAUGAAGGGAAGCUACAAGCCGCGGCGGCGGGAGCGGUGCCGGUUCUGUCGGUGCUGCUAUCGCUGCCUGAAGACGACUUCCUAUUGGACGACGAGUCGACGUUACAAGGUUGCGUGGACGACGAUGAUUGGUUCCAAGGAGGGGGUGUGCUUUCCGCCGGGGGAAGCGUAGGGGGGAGCGGAGGUGGGAGCGCGGGUAGCCGGGGAACGGGGAGAACAGGGGGAAGCGGCAGUGGGGAACGGGGAAAACCAGCGGGCAUAAGCUGCGGAAGGGGCGCGGUGGCGGCGUUGCUUCCGCUUCCCCCGCUCCCGCAGCCCCCUCCGCGCGAGUCGCUGAAUCUUCUCGUGGCGCGCGCUUUGGUGCAGCUCUCCGCGCUUCCCGCUAAUUGCCAGGUUAUCGCUAAGGCGGGGUGCGUGCCGUCGCUAAUCGCCAUGCUUCGCGGCGGCAACCCCGAGGCGCAGGGGGUCGCGGUGAACCUGCUGCUGAACCUUGCGACGGGCUGCGACAGCGACGGCGACAGCAAGUCUCCCGCGAUCCUCGCAGGCGAGGCGAUUCCGUCGCUCGUCGCCAUCGUCCAAUCAGCGAGCGAGGCGAAAGUCCGGCGACAGGCGAUGGAGGCCCUCGCACACGUCGUCGCGAAGGCCAAGGAGAACCAAGACGCCGCGGCGAGAGCCGGCGCGAUCCCGAUAUUGACAGAAGCGUUAAGAGAAGGCUCGCUGCUGGUACAGGAAAAGGCGGCAUUCGCGCUGGGCUCGAUCGCGGAGGAUAACGACGAAAAUAAAGUAAUGGUUGCUGGGACGGGAGCCGUGCCGCCGCUGCUAGAUCUCCUCCUUUGCGGGCCGGCAGAUAUCAGCCUGCAGGAGCGCGUUUCACGGCGGGCGGCGUGGGCGUUGUUUGCGCUGAGCUCGCAUCGUUUGUCCGCUUCGUAUAUCGUCGCCUCGGGUGGGUUGGACGUCGUGAAACGAGCGAACGAGGAUGGGCCGUUGGAUACGAAGGAAUGGACGGCGAAGAUCAUCCCGCUUCUGGAGCCAGUGGCGGAGCAGCACCAGCAGGAGCAGCAGCAGGCGGCGUGGCAGCAGAAGUGGACGAAUCAGCGUCGGGGAGGAGCUGACACGGUCCUGCGAAAAUCGUACGAUGACGUGGCAUCGAAUCAGGAGGGGCCAUGUCCGAAGGGGCAUAAAGCGUCCAGGUUAAGUGAACAGGAAUGUAGCCGCCCGGAGGAGUCACAGGAAACGGGCAAGGAGAACAAAGACGGGCAGAGGAGGAAACAGUUACAGGAGGACGAGCGGAUGGAAUUGAAGGAAGACAAGAAUGUGGAAUAUAGAGAGGUGGACUGCGAGGAGCCGGGCACAGGUGGUGAGGAGGAAGCAAUAGAUAAGCCGCGUGCCCGCUGCUGCCAGAGGUGCAUGUGGACGCGGCAGCCAGCAGCAGUCAGCCCGCUCAGUGCUGUGGGGACUCCGGCAAUCCCUGUGGUGAGUGUUUUCUUGAUUCCUCAAGAGGUGGACAGAGGCGGAGUGGCUUUAGCACAACCGCUGCUGCCAGAGGUGCAUGUGGACGCGGCAGCAGCCAGCAGCAGUCAGCCCGCGCAAUGCUGUGGGGACUCCGGCAAUCCCUGUGGUGAGUGUUUUCUUGAUUCCUCAAGAGGUGGACAGAGGCGGAGUGGCAUUAGCACAACCGCUGCUGCCAGAGGUGCAUGUGGACGCGGCAGCAGCCAGCAGCAGUCAGCCCGUGCAAUGCUGUGGGGACUCCGGCAAUCCCUGUGCAUCCCCCCCACAGGAGCCACCAUCUUCCUGUCCCCAGGCACUCACUCCGUCCCUCCCCUCGGUCUGCAACUGGGGGGUCUUCCCCUCACCAUCACCGCCGCUGCUGCUGCUGCUGCUGGCAAAUCUGACCCUUUGCCUCCCCCUCCCGUAAUCAAUUAUUCCCCCAAUGUGACCAUCUCUGGCUCUCGCUUCGAAGGCUGUAAAGCACUUGGCGCCCCCACUGCCGCUGCUGGUGCUGCUGGUACUGCUGGUGCCGGUGCUGCGGGUGCUGCUGGUGCUGCUGGUGCCGGUGGUGGUGCUGCUGAAAUUAUUGGCAAAGGGGGAGGAGCCGUUGCCCUCUACAAUGUUGCCCACGUGGCGGUCUCCGAUUCGUCCGUUCUCGACUGCACCUCCUCGUCCACCAAUGGCGGCGGCCUCGCCAUCGUCUCGUCCAACGCCGCGCUGACAGCUGUCCGCUUCUCGGGCUGCUUCGCGCAGAACCUGGGCGGCGCGGUCUCGUCUUCUCUCUCCAACGUGACUGUAACGAGCUGCGAGUUCCGCGACUCACGCGCCAUGCGGGGAGGAUGCUUCUCGGACGAUUCCUCUCCGCUCGUCUCCAUCUCCUCCUCCUCGUUCCUCCGGUGCAACGCGGAUGUGUCCAAGGAAGGGGAUAUCUACAGCAAGGUGAACGGCGGGGGGGUUGCGCUCAACGCAACUGCCGCUUUCACCGUACGCAACUGCACCUUCUCCCGCUGCCUCGCGGUUAUGGACGGCGGCGGACUCGACUCUCUCGACGCCGGAAACCUACUGUAG